AGAGUACGUGUCAUGUCAACUAGAAGAGGUAUUCUCUCUUAGUCCGCCGAUAACUAAACUUAAGGUCACGCUGGAUACAGAAAACACGUCGCCUGUUGUUUGAGUUGCGCCGCGAUAAAGAAGAACCGGAAAAUAAACCGGAAUAACCGGAAUAAAAGCGUUAAAUGAAGAAAAAGAGAAUCGGGAGAAACGAUAAAAAAAAUAGCGAAAAUUAACGAAAAGUGCGUGCUCCUUUCGGAAACCAUUGUCGAAUGGAGCUGAAGUGUUUGGCCGAGGAACAAAAACGUAUAUACGAGUGAAAGGGAAUCGGAAUUGUUAUAUUUCGACAAUCUCUGAUAGUGCGAGCAACAACGUAAAAGUGUUACCUAUUACUGACGUUGUUCAUUGUCAGAAACAAAUAGAAAAUCGGAAAAAACAGAGUGAUAAGAUCUGUGUUAACCAUACAAGACAAGAAGUUACAAUUUUUUUUAAACAUUUGAGAAUGGGUAUUUUGCAGCAGCAAUCGAUCUUAAAAGGUCAACAGACAGGAAGGAAUCGGGAAGAAGAUUUAGUACAUGAAUUGUUCGGUCGUGCAGCAAAAGCCCAUCCGAGUCAAACCGCAAUAUAUUACGAAGAUGAAGCCGGCCAGGAAUUCGCUUUAUCUUUUGAAGAAUUGGAUAACAUCACCAACCAAUUGGCACGAGCUUUACAAAAAUACGAAAAACCUGAAACAACUUCUCAGUCAAUAAUAGCUGUCUGCAUGAAACCAUCGCAUCGCCUUCCAACUGUGUUGAUUAGUAUACUGAAAGCAGGAAUGGCUUAUCUACCUUUGGACGCGGAAUUUCCCAUGUCUAGAAUGAAACACAUUCUCGAAGAGGCGCAGCCGUUAUUAAUAUUAGUCGAGGAAGAAGCGAGUUUAUCGAUUUGUGAAGGAGCUUCGGUAUUGACGUACGAACAGCUUUUGAAAGAAGCCAAAGAAGAACAAAAGGAUGCAUUAAAAGUUAAGGAGAGGUCAAAUCAACUCGCUAUCGUUCUUUAUACUUCUGGAAGUACAGGAAUUCCCAAAGGUGUGCUUAUACCGCAUGCUACUCUCUUGAAUCGUUUACAAUGGCAAUGGAGAGAACUUCCAUACGCUGACGAUGAAGAACGGUGUGUUUUUAAGACUUCUCUUACUUUCGUCGACAGUGUUCCUGAAAUUUGGGGAUCGCUUCUACAAAGCCGUACUCUUAUAGUUGUGCCGAAAAGCGUGACAAAAGAUCCGCAAAAGUUCAUACCGCUCUUAGAAAGGCAUAAGAUACAACGCUUAGUCCUUGUGCCUUCGUUACUGCAUUCAAUGCUUAUGUAUUUAGGUUUGCAAGAUAAUGGCAAGGUUCUUGAUCGCUUGAAACUCUGGAUCUGUUCCGGAGAAACUUUGUCGGUCGCGUUGGCUGACCAGUUUUUUGCCACAUUUAGCGGCAAAGACAAAAUAUUAGCUAAUUUUUAUGGUAGCACAGAGGUCAUGGGAGACGUUACGUAUUACUUGUUAAAUAAACGUACACAAUUACAAGGGAUGGAGAAAGUGCCAAUCGGAAAGCCGAUCGACAACUGCAUAAUUUAUCUUGUGAACAAGGACAUGCGACUGGUCCCCGAGGGGGAAGUCGGAGAGCUGAUCGUAGCUGGAAGAAAUCUUGCCGCAGGUUAUAUACGCGGACGAGACACACAUAAAUUUUUGGACAAUCCUCACGCCAACGAGCCAGAAUAUUCAAGAAGUUUUCGUACGGGUGACUAUGCUAAAAUUGUUAAAGACUCGAUAGUUUUUGAAGGACGAGUGGAUUCGCAGAUUAAAAUUAGAGGUCACCGUGUUGACCUCACAGAAGUUGAAAAGAUCGUCGCCAGGAUAUCCGGUAUUGAUAAAGUCGUAGUGCUUUGUCACAAGCCUGGGGAAUUAUCACAGGCAUUACUGGCCUUUAUCACUAUUGCAAAUGAUGCAAAUCUAUCCAGUUCAGAGAUCGAAGAUUUCCUUCAAAAGACAUUACCGCCAUAUAUGUUGCCGCAGAUUUUUAUUGUUGAUCAUAUACCACUUUUAACUAAUGGAAAAACAGAUCGACAGACAUUGCUGAAGAAAUACGAAUUAUCUUAUUCUAAUCAUGAAGAUGAUAUUGCCACGAAUUGUGAUUACACUGGCGUACCAAAUCAAGAUCUUGCAAAAGCUCGUGUUCUCUUUCCGACCAUCGCGUCCGUAAUCGGACGUGGUGAUCGCGCACCGGUAACGUUACAUGCGAAUUUCUACGAACUUGGCGGAAAUUCCUUAAAUUCCAUUUACACAGUGACCAAGUUAAAAGACCAAGGUUAUCAGAUCGGCAUCACGGAUUUUAUCAUGGCAAAAAAUCUAGCCGAAGUACUAAAUCGGAUGAAGCCCAUAUCAUCUGAUGAGGAAUCUCCGAAGGAAGUUAUUGACCAAAAAGCGUAUAUUUUUGAACCAUUAAACGACUGUCAUAAGGAGGAUGCCAUCAAAAUGAUCACGGAUAGCUUUUAUUCGAAAGCCGAUUUGGAGCAAUGGUUAAUGCCGGACAUAACAAGAGCCGAUUAUCGGGAACUGAUGGAGACAAUGUGGGAUUUUCUCGUGGAGAAGAAUAUUAGUUUCGUGAUGAAGUCGGCGCAAAGUGGCAAAACAAUCGGAAUUACUCUCAAUUUUGAUCUUUGGGACGAGCCCGAACUGAUACUAAAAUCUAAAUUAAUGAUCGUUUUCGAUUUUCUCGAGUUUCUGGAGGGUCCGAUCAGAGAUUCCAAAUUGCCAAAGGGUAAAGGCCAGAUUAUUCACAAUUCUAUGACGGCGACGAAUAGCGAGUUGACUCCCGCAGAAAAUGUAAUUGUAAUGAGACAGAUGGAAGACUACUGUUUGCAGCUCGCUAAAGAAAAAGGGUAUUCUGGAAUUUUUACCACAAACACCAGUCCGCUCACGCAGCAACUUAGUACGGACGUAUUCGGUUAUGAAACAAUGUUGGUGUACCAAGUGAACAAAUAUAUGACACCUGAUGGAUAUAAACCUUUUGGCAAGGCUCCAGACAGCCAAGUAGCAAUUUGUUCCUUGAAAAUGGUUAAAUAGAAUAAUUUUUUUAUAAAUAGCGCAAAAAAA